CCUUAAGUCGAGUUUCCCUCCAGCCCCGAGCGGGGAGCAGCUCUCAGUACCGAGAGAGGCACCGAGCGCUUGAGCUAUUUCAGCCACAUGCAAAGCAUCGGAAUUGAGAUCGCAGCUCAGAGGACACCGGGCGUCCCUUCCACCUUCUGAGGAGCCUUGAAUCCUUGCACCUGCUGCCUGGGACUUUCCUUAGGCAGCACACAAAUACGUAGAGCAGGGAUAAGACCCCGUGAAUAUGUCGAAACAGCCGGUUUCCAAUGUCAGAGCCAUCCAGGCAAAUAUCAACAUCCCAAUGGGAGCCUUUCGGCCAGGAGCUGGGCAACCUCCCAGAAGAAAAGAGUGUACUCCGGAAACGGAGGAGGGUGCUCCUCCCACCUCGGAUGAGGAGAAGAAGCCAAUGCCAGGAGCGAAGAAACUUCCAGGACCUGCGGUCAACCUAUCAGAGAUCCAGAACAUUAAAAGCGAACUGAAGUACGUCCCCAAAGCUGAGCAGUAGUUGGAAGAAAGAAGGUUUGAUGUGAAGAACUCAAGAGAAAGAGAAUGGAUUCAAAUAAGAAUAGCUCAUGAAAAAAUUUUAUAUAUUUGUAUGAAGAUUAUGAACCUCCUGAAUGCCUAAGCCUCUAGCAGGAAUGUCUUGUUUGUACAUUUGUAUCUCUGCCUUCUCGUUGGCUUCACUUCUUACUUUACCUUCCUGUUUGGCACCUGGCAAAGCAAAUCAGCUGAAGAAUUCACCAACUGGAGGAGGAACUGGAUUUUACAGAGAGGGAUAGGGCAAUGUGCAUGACAAUGAUUUUGAUAGGAAGUUCUCUAUACUUCACACACUAUUCUGGUCAAUAUUUGGAAUGUAUUUUAGUUCUUCACAUCCUAAAUUAUAUCAAUAAACUUUUUAUGAGUUCAAA